AUGAGAGAAUAAUCACACAGUGUAAGGAAUGCAAACAACGAGAAUCACUACCAGCCUCUGAAAAAGAAUACGAGUCUAAUAAGAAACUUUGGUCGAGAUAUUUCUAACUAGGUCAACAAUCAGUCAUUUGCUGGUGCCAGUUCCAAUCUCUAAUAAGAUAAAUUACUUAAACCAAUCUCUUAACGGACACUUCCAGCAUCGAAAUCAAUUAGAGAUAUUCAUACUGCUUAACCCAGCUUAAAUUAGAGAAAACCAUAUGAUCUUUUGACUAGACAAUAAUCGUAGAAAAAAUAUAUGGGCUAAAAUCUUAGAAGUCUAAAUGAAUUCAUUCAGAAUGAUCAAAAAGCUUAGGGAGGCAAUUAUCCGCAAAAGAUGGAUAAGUAAACUAGAUUGGCUGAGUUUAAAAGAUAUUAUGAGACUUACUAUAGCUCAGCUAAUCUUGACUUCCUUGAUGUUGAUCUUUUCGAUAUGUCAAAUCCCUAAGCAGUUUCAGAAUAUGCAGCUGAUUGCUUGAAGCAUAUGUAAAAAAAUGAGUUAACCUAUCAUCCAAAUCCUAAUUGUCUAAAAAACUAACCUGAUAUCAAUGCAAAAAUGAGACUUAUUUUGGUAGAGUGGUUAAUUGAGGUUCAUCUCAAAUUCAAGCUAUUACCUGAAACACUUUUCUUAACUAUUAAUUUGAUCGAUAGAUAUUGUACUAAAAAGCCAGUACUCCGAACUGAGUAUUAACUUUUAGGUGUUACAGCCAUGCUAAUAGCCUCAAAGUAUGAAGAAAUAUAUCCACCCGAAAUAAGGGACUUUGUUCAUAUUACUGAUAAAUAAUACACUAAAGAGCAAGUUUUAGCUAAAGAAUUCGACAUGCUUUAAAUUCUAGAUUUCAAUAUUACAACUCCUUCAAGUUAUAGAUUUUUGGAGAGGUUUUCGAAAAUUUGUUAAGCAGAUAAUGUGAUUUUUAACUUAUCCAGAUACAUCAUUGAAAUCACUUUAAUUGAACUCAAACAUUAUAAGUGGUGCCCUUCUUUAAUAGCUGCUACUGCUCUAUAUAUUAGUCAUAAGAUUCUAAGAAGAUAAAAUCCUUGGUCUCCAGAACUCUAGUAGGCUACAGAAUAUAGUGAGACUCAAAUUAGAGCGUGUGCCAAAGAUCUUUGCAUUUAUUACAAUUUAGCUUGCGAAAAGAAAAGAGGUUAUGAAGUCUUAUACAAGAAGUUUUCUCUCCCCAAAUUUCUUGAAGUUUCCAAGAUAACUGUAACUAAUAAAUCAAGCUCCUUAAACACCAAUCAGAGCAAUUAUCAAAAUGAUAUCUCAGCCAACGACUAAGAAAAUCUAAGGCACUGA